CUCACCUCAGUUUGGUUGAGACACACUAUCAGCUGGUACCGUACCUGCUGACUACUGGUACGUUAGCGUAUAAUCACAGCAGGAGCUCGCUAAUGCCACUCGCUCCGCAUCAGGAUUUCGUCGACAAGCUUAUCGACGAGUUCAACCCACCCACAUACAACUAUAUGCUGGGUCCCGACAUACUGGUUGCUCCGAUCACCUCAGACCCUGCUCAAGUCAGCGUCACCUUCCCCCAGAUCUCAACCAAGAGCAAUGGUGGCGAUGGUGGUGGUGGCGGCGGUGUGGAUGAAAAGGAUACAUACGUGGCGUGGUGGAACCGCUCACUGACCUAUCGUGCCGGCGACACGGCCGAGUUUCACAACGUCAGCCUGGACGUCUUCACGGUUUUCCAUCGCACAGGCUCUCUGUUCCCGUUGAGACCGGCAGCGAUGGCAUCACACCAGCCAUUCUCCAAUAAACCGUGCACUGACGUGCUGGAGCUACACGUGUACAACCCCACCGCCACUUCACCUUUUCCAGUACAGGUGGUAACCAACGACGACAGGCCUGGAUUGGUUGCGGCAUACUGGAGAGACCCGCUAGCCAAAUCAACCGGUCAACACGGUCUCAACAGCAGUGGAAUACAUUUCACGAUCACCGCCCACCCAACCCUGAGUGUCUCAAUUCACGUUCAUUUCGGCCACAGCGGCACUGGUAGCAGCGGCGAUGGCAGGCAUCCACCAGCAGAGGAACCUCUACAUCCAUGCACGCUACACCAUGGAGUGAACAUAUGCCGCCGUAAUGGCAACGAACAAAUCAAAGUGUGCUCCAAAGAGUCAAGAUACGUGCAGCACGACAUGUCUGCAAGGCCAGGACAACUAUUCCCAACACACAACCUGCAUCACGACCCGGCAAUGCUGGAGGAGCAGAAGCCAUACCUUAGCUGUGCCGGUGGAUAUGGUGACAUUGUUGUACCUCAUGGGCGUAUUCCACAUGGCGUGUACCUCUCCGUGUGGAUGGUCUAGUGCAUGGUCGACGGGUUGAUUUGCCUGCUCUUUCUUGCUCUCUUCUUUUUUUCUCUCUCUGUUACACAUACACACACUGGUCUCUCCCUUUAUCUGCCUUUCUCUCCCUCUUUUCCUUUGUCUUUCCCUAGCGCUCUUCGUCACAAACACACACACACUCUCUCUCGCAACUAUUUGUUUGACGUGUUUAUCUAUGGGUAUGCUAAAUCUCUUUCCGACUCUUUAUCUGUCUGUCUGUCUGUCUGUCUCCAUCUCCGGCAACCAUGCAGGCUCUCGUUUUGUUCUAUGCUGUUGUCUCUGCUGCUUUAGCCUGUCACUCCAUGGUGUUGUGGCUUGACCAUAAUGGUAUUUAUUUACAGGUAGUUUUAGAGUAGGGCUUGACUAGAUUUUUUUUAUAAAAUCCGGCAUUGUCCCGUG